GCUGCUGUGACGUCAUGGGGUCAGUGGUCAGGCGCGCGCGGCAGCGGAGCUGCGUCGCUCGGGCCCCGCGGCCAUGCCCAAGCGGGGCUGUCCCUUCGCGGCCGCGGCCCCGCUGCAGCUCAAGGUCCGUGUGGGCCAGAAGGAGUUGAGCCGCGGCGUGUGCGGCGAGCGCUACUCACGGGAGAUCUUCGAGAAGACCAGGCAACUUCUUUUCCUCGGGGCCCAGGCGUACAUGGACCACAUGUGGGAUGAAGGCUGUGCUGUCGUUCACCUGCCAGAGUCCCCGAAGCCUGGCCCCUUGGUGGCCCCGAGGGCAGCACGUGGGCAGAUGCUGAUUGGACCUGACGGCCGCCUGACCAGGAGCCUCGGGCAGGCCUCCGAAGCCGACCCAUCUGGGGCAGCGUCCGUCGCCUGCUCGUCGUGCGUGAGGGCCGUGGACGGGAAGGCGGUCUGCGGCCAGUGCGAGCGAGCCCUGUGCAGACGGUGCGUGCGCGCCUGCUGGGGCUGCGGCGCCGUGGCCUGCGCCCUGUGCGGCCUCGUGGACUGCAGUGACAUUUAUGAGAAAGCACUGUGCACCAGCUGCGCCAUGUUUGAAGCCUGAGGGCAGCUCAGGUCAGCUGCCUUCCCCGAGGGCCGCGCCGGCGGGCAGCAGCCUUCCCUGGACAGCCAGCAGCGGUGCUCACGCCGAACUCGGGGCGAGCGGGAGCGGCGCCUUUUACAUGUUGUAUUUUGUACUCCUGAUGCAGAAGUGAAUAAACCCCUUUAUAUUUGCACUAGA